AUGCCGAUCGUAGAAAAGAUCUUUGACGAGAAUUGCGCUAGAGAGUGGCGCCAGAAGUUCCUCGACGUCUACAACGGCCUUAGCCCAGAGAUGAUGGAUUGGGCCAUCGAGGGGGUUAAGUUCAAGGCUGAAAAGUUCCUCAAAAAGGGAAUGCUUGCCCUUCAGGAGGAUGUGGAGCCUCUGGAGAAUAUUACUGAGCAUGACAAGGACUACGAGCCCGGCUUUGGAGGGCAGGUCGUCAACUUGGUUGAUCCGUCAUUGUUCGCGCUCGCUUAUGGUCGUAGCCAAAUACUCCCAGACAGAGUGAUCGGACUCGACGACUAUCUUUCCCAUUCAGGGAGGGCCAAGGUCCUCGAGGUGAAGUGGGAAGAGCACGAUCCUUUCAGCGUAAUCAAUAAUGGCAGAACCAGAACCAAUCGUGAAUUUCUUGAUUUGUUCACGGCAUAUAGUCUCGAUUACCAGUGGCUGCCAAGUGAGAUCAAGUUCAAAGACACUACUGAGGGCUGCCGUAUUGCGUCCUGCAUCAACAAUCUGCGCCCAGAUUACCAUCGGCUGCUUUACGAUACACUCGAACGGAUCAUCGCAAGCGUCAGUCCUCUUUGGAAUAUGAGUUUAACACCUUUGAGAACCGAGCGACUAAAUCGCCGAAAUAGGAUCAAAUUUGAGCGGAUCGAAUACCUGCCGAGCACCAACUCCCUGGGUGAAGUCCUGGAGCUUGGAAGUCCGAGUGAUUUUGAGGAUAUUUAG